AUGGUGCAAAUGACUCUCUUCCUCCUGGUGCUCAGCCUGGCCCUGGUGGCUCCCAGCAUAUCUGCAAGAAAGUGCACGCUGACCGGGCGCUGGGUCAACGACCUGGGCUCCAACAUGACCAUCAUGGCUGUGAACGAAAAAGGUGACUUCGACGGCUCCUACUACACGGCUGUGACAGCCACUAUGAACAAGAUCCAAGAGUCACCGCUGCAGGGGUCCCAGCACCAUACGAAUGAGGAGAGCCAACCCACCUUCGGCUUCACCGUCCACUGGAGCUUUUCAGACUCCAUCACCGUCUUCACGGGCCAGUGCUUUGUGGACGAGCAUGGAAGGGAGAUUUUGAAGACCAUGUGGCUCCUGCGGUCACACGUGGACAACAUCAACCACGACUGGAAAGCCACCAGGGUUGGCAUAAACAUCUUCAAGCGCCUACAGCAGAAGCAGCAGGAGUGA